AUGGAAAGUUCGGAAAGCCCAUCUCGCCGCAGCAAUGGGGAUGCUGUGGGCCUUCACCAAUGUGAAGAUGAAAUUCCUCCAGUGAUCUCCAAGAGGAACACCACGCACGAAGAACCGCGGCAAGAGGUGGCACACCAUGAUACAGAAAUGCCGCCACCAAACUUACAUCAACCCAUGAAUAAUGGGAUUCCGAUCGCGAUUGCUGAUAGCUUCGAUGGGUCUCUUCAUCCUCCAUGCACCAACGAACCCGAUAGACGCCAAGAGCACCACCAUUUCACCCCCAUCGCGGUCUGUGGUAUGGCUUGCCGCCUCCCGGGUGGUAUCUCGUCGCCACCUGAGCUGUGGGAUUUUCUCAUGGCUAAACAAGACGCACGUACGCGUGUGCCCCCCACACGGUUCAACAUUGAUGCUUACCACACCACAAUCUCGAAGCCUGGUAUGACGGUGGCCGAAUAUGGAUACUUUUUGGAUGAGACCAAUGACCUCGGCGCACUUGAUACUUCUUUCUUCUCUAUGCCAAAAGUGGAGGUCGAGCGUUUGGACCCACAGCAACGCCUCCUGCUCGAGGUGUCUCGCGAGGCACUCGAGGAUGCCGGAGAAAUCAACUGGAGGGGCCGGAACAUUGGAGUGUAUGUGGGGAGCUUCGCACAAGACUGGUACGACUUGACAUUCAGCGAACCUCAGUCCUACGGGAUGUACCAGGUCUCAGGAACGCAUGAUUUCGUUCUUUCGAAUCGGCUCUCAUACGAAAUGGACCUACGUGGGCCCAGCGUCACUGUCCGCACGGCAUGCUCGGCCGGAUUGACAGGGCUCAAUGAGGCUUGUCUUGCCAUCGCACGGGGUGAUUGCGAGUCCGCAAUCGUUUGCGGCUCCAACUUGGUCAUGUCACCGUCUACAAUUCUGGCUGAGUCGGAACAGGGUGUAUUGAGCCCAGAAGCAUCGUGUAAUACAUUUUCCGACCGCGCGAAUGGGUAUGCACGAGGAGAGGCGAUUGUUUCCAUCUUCGUCAAAGCUUUGAGCAUGGCUGAGCGUGAUCGAAGUCCGAUCCGGGCAGUAAUCACAGGAGCCGCUGUGAAUUGCGAUGGAAAGACCCGUGGGAUUACCCAGCCAAGUUCCGACGCUCAAGAGGCUUUGAUGAGACGCGCCUACGAGGUAGCCGGCUUGUCCACCUUUUCCCGCACAGGCUUCAUUGAAUGCCACGGGACUGGAACCAAAGUUGGUGACCCCGUUGAACUCGAAGCGGUCGGACGUGUUUUCGGUAUGAGAACAACACCCACGUAUAUCAGUUCCGUCAAGGCCAAUCUCGGUCACUCUGAAGGGGCGUCUGGUCUCACGUCCCUGCUCAAAGCAGUAUUUGCGUUGGAAACCAGAACUAUUCCGCCCCAGAUCAAGGCCUGGCCGCUGAAUGCCGAGAUUCCAUUCGCUGAGAAAGGCCUCGUUGUCCCAAGUGAUCCGAUACCCUGGCCAGCCGGAUGUGACGAGCGCGUCAGUAUCAACUCCUUCGGCGUCGGGGGAAGCAAUGCGCACAUUGUCGUGGAGUCAGCAGCAACCCAUAACGAGGCCCCCGAAUUAGAUGGCCCUCAACGAUCCGCAGCAGAACAAGAUGCUCCGCAACUUCUACUGUUUUCCGCAAAUAACCUCGACUCCCUGAAAAGAAUGACACACCAGUACCAAGAGUUUCUUGAAAAGUCUAAUGUUUCGCUUCCAGACGUUGCAUACACUCUUGCCAUGCGAAGAGAGAAUCUACCCUUCCGCUCCUUCAGUGUGGCAAGCAGAGUCAAGCCAGGAGUCCCUUCUGUGCCUAGCUCCGGGAGACCUGAUCAGAGAUCUUACCUUGUGAUGGUGUUCACAGGACAGGGUGCGCAGUGGCCUCAGAUGGGUCGACGGCUUAUCCAAUCCAACCCAUUUUUCCAAGCAACGAUUCAAAGCCUUGACAGGCAUCUUGAAGGAAUCUUGGGCGCUGACAGCCCAGGCUGGAAGAUUGAAGCAGAGCUGCUCAGACCCCCCCGAACGAGUCGCAUCAACCAAGCGGAAUUCUCGCAGCCACUCUGCACUGCAGUCCAGAUUGCCUUGGUGGACUCAUUCGCGGCGAUUGGAAUAGUGCCAGCAGCCGUCGUAGGACACUCCAGUGGAGAGAUCGCCGCGGCCUACGCAUCCGGAGUGCUCACUGCGAGAGAUGCAAUUGCUGUUGCUUUCCUACGCGGGGCCGCUGUGGCGCUGCAGACCAAGAAAGGCUCUAUGGCUGCUGUGGGGCUGUCCUGGGAUGACGCCGCUUGUUAUCUGGUACCUGGAGCUGUUCUGGCCUGUGACAACUCACCACGCAGUGUCACUAUUUCUGGUGACGUGCAACCACUUCAGGAAGUAGCAGCUUCUAUCAAGAAUGCACAGCCCGGUGUACCAGUGACGACAUUAAAAGUUGAGAAAGCUUAUCAUAGCCACCACAUGAUUGAGCUCAGCGCCAACUACUACCAAGCUAUGGUUGAUUGCAAAAUCACGGCCGCACUGCCAUCAAAGCUAUUCUUCUCCAGUGUCUCCGGCCGCCUCUUUCAGCCAGGAAAUGACGGUGCUGAAGCUCUCGGACCAAAUUAUUGGCGGAAAAAUCUGGAAUCUCCGGUCCUAUUCCGUGGGGCACUGAUGGAUCUUCUUCAGCACCAUGCCUCUAUGAAUCCCGUCUUCCUCGAGAUUGGUCCACAUUCGGCACUUGCUGGGCCAGUGCGACAGACACUGACAGAGGCACUGAGCCAAGCACCUUACAUCACAGCUUUGACUCGGCGGUCAAACAGUGAUGAGGACUUCUUAUGUGCAAUCGGCAAACUUUUCACGCUUCACGUGGACAUGGACUUGACUUCUCUUGUUAAAGGUGGAUCUUGUGUUCCUGAUCUACCUCGGUAUCCAUGGGACCAUUCACGCAAUUACUGGCAUGAGACUCGAGUAACUAAGGAGCGUCGUUUGCGACAAAAUGUAUACCAUGACCUUCUCGGGGUCAAGGUGGCCGAAAGUACAGAUUUGGAACCGAUCUGGCGCAACUUGUUCCACGUUGACAACGCCCCGUGGGUGCGUGAUCACAAGGUGAACGGGACGAUUAUUUUCCCGUUUGCUGGCUUCGUUUCUAUGGCCUCGGAGGCUAUUCGACAGGUCACAGGAGUUCAGGAUGGUGUUAGGCUACGGGAAGUUGCUGUUACUACAGCCCUGUUGGUCCCUGAGGGCAGCCCGCUUGAAUUGGUUACGUCCUUCCACCGACAUCACCUGACUAAAGCAACUGAAAGUCAAUGGUGGGAAUUUGCUGUCUCCUCACACAAUGGGCAUACGUGGACAAAACACUGCACCGGGCAGGUUGCGUCUGCAGAUGACUCACUACACGUCCGCUGUAAAGAUCUGAGCCUCGAUCUUCCCCGCCGAGUCAAUUCAGUCAAGAUAUACGAGGCCUCGAGGCGUGGAGGACUCGACUAUGGUCCAAGUUUUCGAGUGUUUGACCAAGCUAUGACAUCUACGACAAUUCCGCAUCGAGGUACCGCGUUCGUUCAGAAUAGAUGGCACGACAAGGAUUGCAAUUAUCACCUGCAUCCGAUAGUGCUGGACGCAUUUUUCCAGCUCUUGACAAUCACCGCCGUCGACGGCCUUGCUCACGAAGGCCACAGAUUCGUGCCCACUCGGGUCGGUUCAAUCAUCAUGACGCGUUCAAUCGCCGACGGCUUCGUGUUUUCGACAGAUGCGGAUGACGUGGAAAGUGGUAUUCUUGGCAGUGGGGAUGUCCUUGACGAUGCCUCUCGCACGCCAGUCGUCACCUUCUCUAAUGUUCAUCUUGAGCAUCUGAGUGCUGAUAACAAGGACCAAGAGGAGCAAGUGCAAACAACUGCGCGUUCCGAAUGGGUACCACACGUUGACUUCCGGCCGAUUUAUACCCUCUUUGAACCGCACACUGAACCCAUCACCUCCGAUGUCGAGCUCGCUCUAGACCGAAUCGUCGACAUCGCGACUGAGAUCUCGUUGCGCUUCUUGGGAGGCACAACACCCCAUUCGUCCCACAUGGAACUGUAUCGCCAGAUGCUCAUUCAAACGAGCUCUGGAUCCCUCAAGAAUCAAGAAGACUCAGCUUUGAGGACCCAGAUGAGCUCCAUAGCUCAAUCUAUUCUCGGUUCCCCGGGAGCACCUGUGGCUGAAGCUGUCCGUCGUGUCUGCGAGAACACUACAGACAUCGCUCUGGGUGAUGUGACGACUUCCGACAUUCUGGGUCGGGAUGACCUGCUUGUAACAAUCAAUGAGCUACUGCAUGGAUUCGACUAUUCGCGGUUUCUGAGAAUCCUAGCACACAGCAAGCCUAACCUGAGAGUCCUGGAACUCGACGCCUCAGGAUCGACAACCGACGGCUACUUGCGUCAACUCAGGCGUGAAGAUGGCCAGACCCUUUUUUCAAGCUACGUGUUGACUAGCCCAUCCACUCAAAAUACUGCCAAGUCACAGCAUCAAUUCAAAGGAAUCGCCAACUUCGAAGCAACCCUGCUGAAUAUCAACCAGGACCCAUCCUCGCAGGGGUUCAAAGGCCGCCAAUUCGAUCUUGUCAUUGCUCCCCAAAUUUAUCGUUCACCAUCACUGGAACGUAGUCUUUUACACAUUCUCAAGCUUAUGGCUCCAGACGGCCGACUUCUCCUGCAUACCCCGCGGCCGGGUCUGAAAUGGUCCCGGUAUGUGCUUGGUACGCAAGCCUGGUGGUGGCGCGGUGUGAACGAUGGUCGCCCAGACGAGCCAUCACUGACCGAGGAGAGAUGGGCCGCACUACUGAGCGCCGCCGGCUUCCAGAGUGCCAUAGACGCGGCAAAUUCCUCCAGCGGAUAUCGUUCCUUCGGAAACGUCAUCGUGGCGAGGCCUCAGCUGAACUCGUCCCCGAUGAAGCAUGUGACUCUGGUCACUAGUGACGAACACAGACAGUCACACUUUGCCUCGCUCUUAGGGGCUAGCGGGGUCACAGUUGCAAACUGUUCCUCCCUGGAAAUAGCCCCAGAAGGACGAGACGCGAUGAUUCUCCUUGAUGAAGAGUCGUCCUUUUUUGACGGCAUAGACUCAAGUCGAUUCGAUUGGCUCAAAGCCAUGGUGGAAGCAGCGAAUCACAGAAGAAUUGGACUUUUCUGGGUGACAAAGGAGUCCUCGGUAUGUUGCAGUCAGCCGGAACAUGGAUCUGUUCUUGGGUUUGCCCGAGCGUUGAGGCAGGAGACGUCCGUCGACUUCGCCGUUUGUGAAGUAGAUGACACGAGCGAAUCUGCCGAUCUCAUCCUAGCUGCUUUUACCAAGUUCAACGAUCGACAGAGAGAGGCGAACGCUGGCAUGGGACCAGACUUCGAGUAUUCCAUCCAUGACAGGGUCGUCCGUGUGAAUCGGAUAUUCCCUUUCACAAUGGACGCUGAAGCUACGAUUACGCAGCAGGAUGAAGAAGCGGUACUCCGAGUUGGCCGGGCUGGCCGUCUGGAUACGUUGAACUGGUGUGCCAUGCCUGCAGCAUCACCGCAAGCAAAGGAGGUAGAGAUCGAAGUCCAUGCGACUGGACUCAAUUUUCGAGAUGUCCUCUUGGCGAUGGGUCUACUACAGGCCCCUCAAUCAUCAUUCGGCCUCGAGAUAGCAGGCAUCGUACGCCGCGUUGGCACCGACGUGACAACGGUGUGUGUCGGAGAUCGUGUUCUCUCGACUUCUUUCCAGGGUUUUGCCACUGUCGACACAGUCAACGAAGAAACCUGCGAGAGGUUGCCGGAUGAGCUGAGUUUCCGGGACGGGGUUUCCAUGCCGGUUGCCUUCACUACCGCCAUCUAUUGUUUGGUUGAUAUUGGGAACUUGAAGAAUGGACAGACUGUCCUCAUUCACAGUGGCGCUGGUGGUGUCGGGCUCGCGGCCAUCCAGGUGGCCAAAAUGAUUGGAGCUGAAGUGUACACCACGGUGAGCACCGACAACAAGGUCAACUAUCUGAUGGAAACAUUCGGAAUUCCUCGUCAUUGUAUUUUCAACUCACGAACUGUGUCGUUUGCCGAUGACCUACUGAGAGAAACCGGAGGCCGAGGGGCUGAUUUAGUGCUCAAUUCUUUGGGCGGAGAACUGCUUCAUACAACAUGGCGUCGAUGCGUUGCCAGGUGGGGCACCAUGGUGGAAAUUGGGAAGCGAGACUUGAUAGAGGUUGGGAAGUUAGACAUGGACGUGUUUCUUGCGAAUCGAAGCUAUCGCUGUGUGGACAUGUACCAGAUGGGUAUCGAACGUCCGGACAUUAUGAAGAGGCUGUUGGUGGCUACGAUGGAUUAUUUCCGCCGUGGAAUGAUAAAACCCAUCCGGAUCGCCGAGAUCAUGAAGGCAGUUGAUGUCAUUCAGUCGUUCCGGUCCUUGCAACGCGGGCAACAUAUCGGGAAAGUCGUCGUCGAGAUGCGAGAUUCCGAGGGACGCUCACAAGUCGGCAAAUUGACCAGAGUUCCCCACAAAACUACCUUCAUCUUGGAUAGGAAUGGUUCCUAUCUUAUAGUUGGUGGACUCGGUGGCCUCGGAAGAGCUGUUUCAGUCUGGCUUGCGCAGAAUGGUGCUCGGCACCUGGCUUUCCUGAGCCGAAACGCUGGCUCUGGUGUGCACGACCAAGAAUUCGCCCAGGAGAUAGAGAGCAUGGGCUGCUCUGUGCAGUUGAUCCGGGGCAGCGUCCUUGACCCGAACGACGUCAACCAGGCUAUCAGCAAUGCGCAGUCUCGCGCCCCAUUGAAAGGCAUCAUUCAGAUGUCAAUGGUUCUGCGGGAUCAAGCUUUCCAAAAAAUGACACUCGAAGACUGGGAGUCCGCCAGGAAUUCUAAGGUACAAGGCACGUGGAACCUUCACAAUUCGUCCAUCACAAGCGAGCUCCAACUAGAUUUCUUCCUUUUGUUUAGCUCCCUCUCCGGAAUCCUUGGCCAACCCACGCAAACGAAUUACGCCAGUGCAAACAGCUUUCUGGAUGCAUUCGUCCAAUACCGGAAGGGAAUGGGCUUAGCUUGCACGGCUAUUGAUCUUGGUGCCGUUGAGGAUGCCGGCUAUCUCACUUCCAACCAAGACCUGCUGCGCAAAAUGAAAGGGAUGGGCUGGCGGCCUGUUCGAGAGAUCGAACUAUUGGCAGCCCUGGAAUUCGCUUUGAGCAGCUCAUAUCCCACUAAGUCCAGCACUGAUGGCAUUGUCGUCGACAAGAAUCGUUUUCUCCUCGGGAUCACACCUACAAUUCCUCUGAGCAGCCCCGACAGCAGCGUGCGUCUCAGGCAAGACAUCCGUCUGUCCGUCUAUCACAACGACCAAAGAGGUAGCACUAGGGGGGCUGCGAAAAACAAGGACAACACGCUUGCAGACUUCCUUGUGCAUGCAAGAGCGGACCCGGUAACAGUCUUAGGGCAAGGGGCAGAUCAAGCUGCAGCCCGGCUGGCCUUCGUGAUUGGCGAGCGUCUACUUGGACUACUGCUUCGCAGUGGGGAAGAAGUCGUCAUAUCAGAGUCUCUCUUGGAGCUGGGCUUAGACUCACUUGUGGCAAUCGAGCUACGAUCAUGGUGGAAGGUUGCUUUUGGAUUUGACAUUACCGUGCUUGAGAUGCUCGGGAUGGGUACAUUAGAGGCUCUUGGGAGGAAGGCUGUGGAAGGGUUGAGAGCACUAUAUGAGUGCUAA